CACACAGUAAGCGGCCACCACAAUCACUACCGUAUGCAUCGAUUGCGUCACGAAUCACAUGGUCAAAACCAGGUCUGAACUCUAAAGCAGAAACGAGAAAAGCAGAAGGAACUUUGACAACUUUCUUUUUUGUAUGGUGACUAGACAAGAGCAUGAUGAGCGCGUUUCGGUUAGAUCUCAGCCCCCUGAAAGAGCCUCUGGGAUUUAUACGUGUACUGGAAUGGAUAUUUGCCAUUUUUGCAUUUGCUACAACUGCGGGUUAUUCUGGCUCUUCCAGUUUCAACGUCAAGUGCAAGAACAGUGCCAGCAAAGAAAUAAAUGUAUCUUUCAGUUAUCCUUUUAGGCUCAAUACCCAGAGUUACAGUGUGCCAGACUGCAAAGAGGGCACAGUGUUUAAGUAUCUGACUGGAGAUUAUUCAUCUUCCGCUGAGUUCUUUGUAGCUAUUGGAGUUCUGGCUUUCCUGUACAGCACAGUUACUCUUGUGUUGUAUCUGGCUUACCAGCACAUCUACCGUGAAUCUCCUCGAGGCCCCAGCAUUGACCUACUGUUAACUGGGAUCUUCACUUUUCUCUGGCUGGUGUGUUCAUCUGCAUGGGGUAAAGGCCUCACAGAUGUGAAAAAUUCAGUCAGUCCAAAUAUGCUCGUGUACUUGACUGAAGUGUGUAAACAAACAGGAAACAAUUGCACUGCUGGGCACAUCCCCUCAAUGGGCCGCCUCAAUUCCUCAGUGAUCUUUGGAUUCCUAAACCUUAUUCUGUGGGGAGGAAACUGCUGGUUCCUUUACAAGGAGACGCCAUUACACAAGUCAGCCAAUCAGCAAGCAGGAGCAGAACAGCCUAAUUAAACAGCAGGUCACAUCCACAUUCAUCAAGCAGGUGUUGUUGAAGUACUAAAGUGGUGCUACAUAGUAACCGGUUGACUGAUGUUAUGGACCUGACUUGACCUGUGUCACAAAUCCACCAAAGGUCCUUGCCUAUAAAGUAUCUCCAUUCUAUUCAAAUAUGGUCAAAUUUUGAUGUGCAUUUUACACACUACAGCAAAGCUGUAUACUUAGGGAAGGUACAAGGGCAUGUUGGCAAAUAAACUAUUUGUAUGAAGUAAACUGCAUCAUUCAAAUCAUAUUUCAUAUCGUUAACAUUACUGCAAUGUUUUUGAUGUCAUUUGAACUUGUUAAAAUAAAAUUUACAGAAUGUUUUUGACUCCUGUUCAGGAAAAUAUAUUUUUAAUUCAAUGUAUAACUUAAGUUUAAUGUUCUGACGCUCCCAUUUUAUAACCGUUGGGGCUUAGUUUGUUUUGACCUUUUAAAAUAUCAUCUCAUCUUACUUUUUCAUGUGCUUUUUGUGGUUGAAAUAGCCUUUUAUUAAUUGAACCGUGUGCCUUAUAACUUAAUUAGCCUCUAUUUUAGAAAUGUUUACAUCAUACCAGGCAAGACUGUUGCUAAAAUGAAUUGAAUGUUAUUGUUUGUGUGUUUAACAAAUUUGGAGGCUUACAAAAAGAGAGAAUAAAUAAUACAAAAACA